AUGGCACAUCCCGACGACCUCGAGCUGGACGAGACGGCCACGCGGCUCCUGACACCAGACGAAGCCGAGGCCGCGGCGGCGGCAGAUGCGGCGUCUCCAGACGACCCGUGGCCCACGCGGCGGCGGCGGCAGCGGCGGCGCGCAGCGUGGUGGCAGGUCCGCUCGCCGCGCAGCAUCGUCCUCGUCGUCGCCCUCUCCAAGUUUUGCAUCGUCUGCAGCGGCAUGAUGCUGCUGGUGCCGCUCUUCCGGCUCGUCGAGGACGCCAUCUGCCACGGCGUCCUGGCCGACACGUCCCCCGACGUGCUCGACGAGCGCCGGUGCAAGGACGACGGCGUCCAGGCCCGCCUGGCCACGUUUCUCGGCUGGUCCGGCCUCGUGGGUUCCCUCGUCACCCUGGUCACCGCGUUUCCGUUUGGCGCCAUGUCGGACCGCUUCGGCCGCAAACCUACCGCGCUGCUCGCAUACCUUGGCCUCUUCGCCUCCUUCUUCUUCACCCCCGUCCUGCUCGGCCCGCCGCUGCGCCAGCGCGUGCGCGACAACCCGUACCUGCUCCUCUGGGGGAACCUGUUCCAGGCGGCCGGCGGCGGCAUCCCCGUGCUGCUGCAGACGCUCUACGCCGUGGUGGCUGACGUGAGCACUGAGGAGGAAAAGUGCGCCCCUCCCCCCCGCCCCCAAUCUCAUGGUCUUGGUCGAGACGAGAAAUCAUCUUUUGCUGACUCGUCCUGCCCUUGUAGAGCAGCCAACUUUUUAUACAUCAGCUUGGGAUCCGCCACGGGCGGCCUGCUCGGCCCGCUGCUCGCCGGCGUCCUCAUGACACGGUUCGGCCCGUGGGUGCCCAUCUGGAUCGUCAUCUCCAUCUCGCCCCUGCUCAUCAGCGUCCUCCUCCUCCUCCCCGAGACGCUGAAAGUCAAGACGGGAUCCGCCGCCGCUGCCACCCCCGCCAGCGACUUCCGCGCCCACAUGGCCCGCGGUCUCGACGACCUGCGCGCCUCGCUGCGCAUCCUGCGCAACCGCAACGUGGCCCUCGUGCUCGUCACCUUCCUCACGCAAAACGCGCGCAUGACGGCCUACGCCUCGACGCUCGUGCAGUACGUCUCCAAGCACUACGGCUGGACCCUCGGCCAGACGUCGGUCCUGCUGUCCCCCGUCGGCGUGCUCGCCCUCGUCGUCCUCGGCGGCCUGCCGCGCCUCGCCGCCCGCCUCGUCGCGCGCGGCCGCCGCACCGUCUUUGCCACCGACCUGCUCCUCACGCGCGCCUCGACUGCCCUCCUCGUCGCCGGCGCCCUCGUCCAGGGCCUCGCCCCCAACGUUGCCGUCUUCGUCCUCGGGCUCGCCGUCUCGACGCUCAGCUCCGCCGACAGCCCGCUCGCACGUGCCACCGUCUCCCACCACGUCGACGCCGCCUUCACCUCGCGCCUCUACGCCCUCAUCGGCGUGGCCGAGGUGCUCGGGUCCUUUGUCGGCGCGCCCGUGCUGGCGUACUUUUUCAACGUCGGCCUGCUGAGAAAGGGCCUGUACACGGGGUUGCCGUACUUUUAUGUCGCGCUGUUGUCGUCCCUCGCCCUGCUGGCGCUCAUGUUUGUCCGGUCGCCCCCGCGCAAGCCCGUGUCGGGCGAGGCCACGCCCGUCUCGGGUGAGGAGGUGCCGGGCGAGGGCGCGAUUCGACUUUAA